GAGGAGGAGGAGGAGCAGAAACAGAAGAGGAAGGAGAAGAAGACGAAGGUGGUCGAAAACCAGUGGCUAGAAAAUAUUUUAAAAUACAACUAUACUGCAGGUUAAGAGAAUUUUUCAUUUUAUACCCGUAAAAAGAACUACUUUGUGGAGGAACUAAACAGCUUGUUCAGCUGUUAACCCGAGGUUUUUUAUAACAAGGACGAGAAAGUCUAGUCCAUGUGCAACUUCCUUAGAGGGUACACGAACCGCUGGUUCCAAGUAAUAAUAGACGUCUCAUCUCUACAUUUGUAAUUUCCCAGAUUUGAUACUGGUUUAAAUCCACCUUGUGUCUUUGACCACUCAUCAUGAUGCGUUACUGGGGAGAGAUCCCUGGACCUGCAGGGGCUCCUCCAAGUCGCAGCUCCUUUGACUUGCUCCAGCGUGAGUUUCGCUCUGUGGAGAUGCAGGACCCUCCCCUGCACCAGCCCUCGGCCCAGCGUCCACGGCCCACCACAAUGUUGGACAUCCCCUCAGAGCCCUGCAGCCUCACCAUCCACACAGUUCAGCUGUGUCAGCACACUCGCCGCCUCCGUGGCCUCUUAGUAGCAGCCCAAGCCCAAGCUCAGGGCCAGAGCUCAGUGACCUCUGAAGGAGGCAGCAAAUUGGAGGAGGCUGAUACCAACCUGCCCCUACGUGCUCCCACUCCACCUGCCAUGCCAGAUGACCUAUUACCCAUGGACAGCAAAGGCCCCCGGCAACCCUUCCAGCUCUGCCACAGUGACCCUGAAAGUGACUUCUAUAAGGGUAAAGGAGAGCCUGUCACAGAGCUGAGCUGGCCCUCCUGCAGGCAGCUGCUCUAUCAGUCAGUGGCCACCAUCCUGGCCCACGCUGGCUUUGAGUCCACUCAGGAGAGCGUGCUGGAGACUCUGACCGACCUGGUCCAUGAGCAUUACCUGCACCUAACCCGCCUGCUUCGGGUGGCAGUGGACCGAGAGGCAAGGCUAGGAGCCAGUUCAUUCCCAGAUGUGGUGGAACAAGUGUUCCAUGAGGUGGGCAUCGGCAGUGUGCUGGCCUUGCAGCGCUUCUGGCAAGUGCGGAUCAAGGACUAUCACAGCUACAUGCUGCAGGUGAGCUUGGCAAUGGCUAAGAUAUUGCGCAGGACCCUCAAGUUCCCAGGCCUCUGGUAGGACUCCAAGCCCCCGGGGAUCAAGGAGGAGCCAGUGAGUGACAUUUCCUUUCCUGUGAGCGAAGAGCCAGAGGCUGACCUGGCCUCAGGAGACCAGGCUCUGCCCAUGGGUGUUCUAGGGGCCCAUGGUGAGAGGUUGACUUCAGGCUUGGAUGGUGACCAUUCUCCUCAUACCUCAGGCGGUGGUGGGGCCAACAACUCCCCUCUCUGGCCACAGGUAAAAAUGGAGCCGCAAGAUGGCGAGGAGGGCCAGGGUGCUGGCCAUCAUCAGCACCACCAUCACCACCACCACAGCGUUCUGGGUGGAGACAUGUUUGAGGAAGGGGGGCCAAUGUCCACCAUGAGCGAGUCGGGAGGAGCCAUGGCACCCUCUCCUGGGGGUGCAGCAUCAGAUGGCAGCCACGCCUCACAUUCACCCGACUCCCUGAUGGGCACGUCACCCAUCUUCAACCAGAGACCCAAGAAACGGGUGAAAAAGAUGUGAAGCAGACGUUCUCAAUGGACAGUGCAUUGUGAGCUCAUGUUUUCCCAUGUUAACUUAUCUUGGACUGAUGGUGAAACACACUAGCUGCACAGUUUCAAGGUCAGUAGGUGGGAUUCUUCUCCAGCUGUCGAGAUUAUGACCACUGCAUAAACUCACUAUGAAUAAACUGAAGUGGGGGGAAAAGA